UAAAUAAGUGAUCUGAUUUUCAAAAAUACUAAGCACCCAACAACUUCUACUGAACUCGAUGAGAGCUGUUGGAUGCUCAGACCACUGGAAAAUCAAGCCACUUAUUUAGAAGCCCAGAAUAGAUUUAGAAGCCUAAAGUUAGGAUUAUAUUUUUAAAAAUCUUGACCUUAAGCUCUUUACUAAGUCUGGCCGAAAUAAAAAAGUGCAAAAAUUAAUGAGAUUAUAGAAAUAUUAUAGACAUCUGUUUAGCAAAUAGUCAUUAGAAUGCAGUUGGAUAAGACAGUGAAAGAAUCACCUAGCUUCUCAGGUCUCAGAGCCAUCCCUCUCUUGAAGACAAUAGACAUUGGCCUCACAUGACUGAGUGUGCCCCAUCCGUGGUGACUUGGGUAUUGUCAAGUGGGCUUAUUAAUGCUCAUCUGCAUCAUAUUCCAAAUCUCAUUUGUAGUACCAACAAUGUGCUUAUCAUUAAGGAAGACAUGAAAUAAGGAAAAUCUCUGCCCCAAAGAAAUUCUAGUAUAUUGUAAGAGAGAGAAGGCCCAACACAGUGAGAAACACAGAAGAGGGAAUAAUGUAGAGCUGAGGGGUUUUAUUUUGAUUUAUUUUUUAAAUGUUGGUUAACUUCUUGUGGGCACUGCAUCAGGGGCCCCAUGUUUGAUGGUCGAGGAGGUCUUUCCUAUAAAAAUAGCUAGGUCAGUCUCAUGCCUCUUACUGAUUAUACCAGGGGUCAGCAACCUUUCAGAAGCGGUGUGCCGAGUCUUCAUUUAUUCACUCUAAUUUAAGAUUUUGCGUGCCAGUGAUACAUUUUAAUAUUUUUAGAAGGUCUCUUUCUAUGUCUAUAAUAUAUAACUAAACUAUUGUUGUAUGUAAAGUAAAUAAGGUUUUUAAAAUGUUUAAGAAGCUUCAUUUUAAAUUAAAUUAAAAUGCAGAGCUCCCGGACCAGUGGCCAGGACCCGGGCAGUGUGAGUGCCACUGAAAAUCAACUCGCGUGCCGCCUUCAGCACCCGUGCCAUAGGUUGCCUACCCCUGGAUUAUACCACGCAUGACGUCCUUCUCCUACCCACUCUAAUUCCCAGUUAUUCAGGCCUGGUACUCUUUUGCCGAGUUAGAUGACAUGGUCAUCUUCUGCAUCAUGUCAGCUAGUCAUGGCCAAGUCUUGUCUCAGCUAGGUUUGACAUUGUCAUCUAAUUAGAUUCCUCGCAAUUUUAUUACAAAUACUAAGAUUUCCUAGUGAUGGUAAGCUGUGUGUGAAAUAUGUUCUUGGAAAAUCUUUGGCUAAUGUAUCUCAAUAAGAAAGUGAACUUUUUAAAAUCAGUUGAAUAAAGAUUCUCUAAAUUUCUUAUAUUACACAGCAAAGCUCUCCUCAGCCAUGGUAAUUAUGCUUUGAGACGCUACUUCUGAUAAAUCAACUACACUUCCUUUUACGUAAUUGUGGUAAUCAUCUAUUUAGAUUUUUUCCAACUUCUCUAUUUGGUGUAAAAUAUUUUCUCUUUCAUUAUUCGUUUGUGGCUUAAAACCACAUUGCUAAUACAAUCCAAAAUGUGAUCACCUUGGAAAAAUGUAACAGUAGAUUCAGAAUUUCCCCUUCUUCCCAUAACUUUAUUACAAAGAUAGCUAGCAUAAAUUCAGUAAAAUAUCAAAUUAAGUGUACAGAGAAUUUGAGGAAAUGUAACAAAAAAAACCCAACCCCCCCCCCCAAUAAUCAUGUGGCUCGUGAUGACUAAGUCUAACUUUGUUCCUCUUUCCUGAAAACAAAGUGUUCAAGUAAAAUAUUCACCCAGAUAGUACCCCCUUUAUUUUUGAAAGGCUUGAAGAUAUACAAGCAUGUUUCAGCUUGUUUUUUUCAUUCUGUUUACUUCUGGAUUCACUGAAUCACAAGGAAAAAAAGUGCUUUGCAGCUCCUCAGAUGUAGAAAUAUCGUAUUCCUUUUGCGAUUCUAUGGACCAUGUUUUGUUCCUUAGUAUAGUCCCUUGUUCCUUUAGCGAAAGUCGUUGGAAAGUUACUCUUUUAUGGAUUCCAAGGAGUGAUAUCAUCUUUUUGGAGAGCAGCAUGCAUGUAUGGUAUGAUGCUGCAAAUUUAUUAGAAUGGAAAAAUGUUAUUUGCAGUGGAUUUGAUGAUGACUAUUCAUUUUGUGGAACUCUGAAGGGAGAGACGCUCAAUACAACAUUUGAAUUUAGCGGUUUAAAGAUGGAAUUGCCGAAGGGAAUAUAUACGAUUUUUUUAAGAUUAUUAUCUGGUCCUUCUGAGAAGAACUUGCUCCUGUGUACGAAUGUCACCUUGUUAAUAAAAUAGCACGGUUAAGGAAUUUCUGAAUAAGAUGAUUGUUUCAAUUCAUUGAGGAACACAACUGCUGCUGCCAGGAACUGGAAUUUUAUCACUGAAAUAAUAAACAGACUGAUUUUGCAUGGGUAAGAAUGCAAAAUGCACUGUACUGUACGCAUAAUUAUAAGGAAGAGGAAUAGUCUCAUCCAUUCAUAUACUUGCUAUAAUCAAAUGGCCAGCCAAUUUGUGCAAAAUUUCUAUGUGAAAAUUAGGUACAAAUGCAUACUGUUUAAUCUACAGAAUGACCCUGAAAUGGUGUCGUAGUUACAACUGUAUUUCAAUUCUACCUCUUGUGUUAUGCAGAAUGUGCGUAUUUCAGAUUCUGCUAAGCUAAGACAAGAAUGUUUGCCAGAAUUUAUUUGAUAUAAAAGAAAAAAGAAAAUCCUGUAUAUUCUCUUGUUCAUUCUGUCUGUUUAGCUUCAAUAGCUAUUCUAUACUCAGUCAUUUAUUUGCACCACCACACGUAACAGUGCUUAGCCUCCCUCUCCACCUGAGCAUUGGGCCCUCUGUGAGAGGCACUUUGUGUCAGCUCAGCAUAGGUCUUCGUGUGGAGGGUGCCAAGAGCCCUCCGUGGGUUGGUGGUGUCAGAGGGAACCAGACCCACAAACAAGGUUCUCUCUUCAGGAAGAGUGCGUGUGGUGACCUUUUCUCACAGGGCCACUGUGCGGGGACUUGAUGUCAUCCUCAGGGAUUUUGUUUUGAACCAUCCUUUGCUCCAGCCAAAGAGGAGUAGCAGAGGAGGCAGCAGUGGCAAGGUGGUCCAAUGGACACAGCAGUGGGCUAUGCCCUCCCUCUGUCCUGGUCCAUCAGGGAAACAUGGGAGGAAGCCAGGGUUCUCCUCCUCUCCCUUGGUCACUAGAGAAGGAGAAACAAUGGCAGACCAGGGAGGAGGGAGAUCCUGAUCUGCAAGAGGAGCAGCCUGCUGCAUUUAGGGUGACCAGACAGCAAGUGUGAAAAAUCAGGACAGGAGUGGGGGGUAAUAGGUGCCUAUAUAAGACAAACCCCCAAAUAUCGGGAGUGUCCCUAUAAAAUCGGGACAUCUGGUCACCCUAGCUGCAUUGGUAAGCAAGCCCCUCUUCCCUUGGCCCAGCUGGAGAGUGAAAGCCAGGAUCGUAGUGGCAAAGGCCAUCUUCCACACUAGUGAGGGCUCCCACCCAGGAGCUGCUGCUGCUGCAGCAGAGUUUUGGUCCUUCUAUGCUCCCAGCUAGGAUUCUUUUCACCAUGAGUUGCUGUGCAGUGGCUGUGGUGGUCUGAACUGCCUCCCCACUGGAAAUUGUGUACUGCUUUGGUCGACCAUCUUCAGGAUCUUCCACUGCUUGGGGUGGGCCUUGGUCCAGUCAAGUGUGUUUGGUCAGCAGAGCCAUGCAGUCUCCCUGGCUCUUGUACUAUAAGCAGGGUCUGAAUGAAGCUCUCCCUGGAUGAGCUGGAGGAAAAAGAUCUCAGGACCAGACUAUAUUUACAUGAACACACUUACUCUGCCUAAGUAUUCAGCACACAAAGCCUUGUUGCCAAAGUGAUCAAUUUUGGCUGGUGGUUGGUUACAAAUCACUUUGUAAGCAGAGGUAAUUAAAUGUUAU